UAAAAUAAAAGUUCCACGGCAUUCUAUAUAUAAGACUCAUGGUACUUCUGAUAUUUCUUGGUGGCUUUUUGUUUUCGCUACUAAGAUUUCAUAACCUUCAACUCUCCAACGAUAUGCCUCGUCGAAGCUCCACAGGAAGGUCGGCUUCUCGCCCUGCUGCCCGUCCACUUCGCAAUCCUCCCCAACCAGUUUCUCCUGCUCCACCACCGGCUCCUAUACAAGGUAGAAAUGGCUCUAUGAUGGGAGGUCUUGGUGCUGCCGUUGCAGAUGGCUUGGCUUUUGGCACUGGCAGCGCAAUUGCUCACAGGGCUGUUGAUGCUGUCAUGGGACCCCGUGUCAUUCAGCACGAGACUGUACCUUCAUCUUCUGCUGCUGCUGCUGCCCCUGCACCAACAGCAAACAGUAUUGGAGGUUCUGAUGCUUGUGGCGGUCAAUUCAAAGCCUUAAGUGAGUGCUUGAACCAUUACGGAAGUGACAUCAGCAAGUGCCAAUUUUACAUGGACGUGCUACAAGAAUGUCGCCGGAGUUCCGGGACUGUCAUGGGUGCUUGAUAGUCGAUCAUAUUUUGUUAUUUAAUGCAUAUUACUUGCAUCGAAAUCUUAUUAUUUGGUUGUGUUGUCUUCGAUUGAGAUGUAGUUGUUGAUGUCAAUUGGGACACAGUAGGACAAACAUUAGAAGACAUUGGAGAAUCCAUGACUUCGAAUCUUUUAUGAUUUUAUUAUCUCAGAAAAGUCUUUAUAAAUGUUUUAUAUUAGAAAAGUGUCAGAUAAAGUUUAGUUUGA